AUGAUGAUGGCAACAAACAAAUAUACAGAUUCAUCCAACCAUAAAGAAGGAAACAAUUCAGAUACAGCAUUAUCGGGAAGCUGGGGCGUUCCUGCAGUCUCACACGCGGUGACAGGAUUUCUACGACGAUUUGCAACAGAAGCAAAUGCAAAGUCCGAUAAGUCUAUGACUCCUGUUGAAAGCUAUUAUGGUGCCAGUGAUGGCGCUAGCAGUCCUCGAAUUCGAAAAGCAUCGCCCUUCCAGCCGCCGCCCUUGUACCAAAUCACACUCCACGGCUACCACCCGACCACUCAAGACUCAGCAAAAUUGCUGUCGAAAUCUUUGGCUGAAGAAAUCCGACUUCUCAUACCCGCGAGACUCCAGCUCUGCGAAGAAUGGAAUCUGGUCUACAGUCUGGAGGAAGACGGCGUUAGCUUGGGUACUCUUUACAAAAAAUGUAGUACACUCUGCGGGCGUCGAAAUGGGUUUGUACUUGUCGUGAGGGACGGUAAGGGUGAUCUGUUUGGCGCCUAUCUCAACGAAGCACCACGUGUUGAGCCGCACUUCUUUGGUAACGGAGAAUGCUUCCUCUGGCGUUCGUCUUUCGUACCCUGUUUGACACCUAAAAGAUCGCAAAGUCAUACGAAAUCCAACGACACAUCAGGUCAGCUACUUUCUCCCGAAAUCCCUGAGCAAACCAUUUCAAAUUCGUACAAAAAUUCUCAACAUAUCAGGUUUAAGGCAUUUCCCUAUUCAGGCAUAAAUGACUAUCUGAUGCUGUGCGAUACCGGAUAUCUCAGUUUUGGAGGCGGAGAUGGACGAUAUGGACUUUGGCUCGAUGAUACCUUUGAACAGGGAAUUUCCAGUAACUGCCUUACGUUUGGAAAUGAACCUCUGAGUGAUGAGGGUGAGAAAUUCGACGUUAUGGGAGUAGAGGUCUGGUGCAUAGGGCACCUCCCCUGA